UUUUUCUUUGAUUUCCGAAUUUCCAAAUUCAAACAAUCUAAUCUUGAUCAAGAAUUUGAUAAUGGGUAUUCGAUUGCCAAGUAUUGUGAAUGCUAAACAAUUUGUGAGGCGGAUUCUCCUAUCACAGGAAAGUUCUGCUGAUGUUCCUAAACGCCACUUUGCUGUCUAUGUUGGAGAAACUCAAAAGAAGAGAAUUCCAAUAUCGUACUUGAAGAAUCCUUCCUUUCAGAACCUGCUGAGUCAAGCUCAAGAAGAGUUUGGAUUCAAUCAUCCUAUGUGUGGUCUCACAAUCCCAUGCAGUAAACAAGUCUUCACUGAUCUCAUUUUCAGCUUGUAGACAUCUUCAGAGAUAAUAAAUUGAUUAUCAUACCCAUAGGACUAAUUUUCUCUAACUUAUUAACCUAUGUACCAUAUUUGGAUUGAGAAAUGAGAGUAAAUAUAUUCCAUUC